GUAUAAAGUGCUUUUACCUAUUAUAUUGGUUUUUAAUAGCACGGGUUUUAUCUAAUCUUUAUUUUUAUUUAUAAUGAGAUAUAAAAUGUCGGAAUAAUAAUGUUGUACCCGAUUCAAUAAAAACCAUAAUCAAACGUACAAAAUUCAGUAGUUGAUAUUUUUAACAGUGACCGUGAACUUGUAACAAUGGAAAUGUUAGAAAGUGUGAAAGACGACUGGGAUGAACUAUCAGAAAACUACAAACUUCUAGAAAAAGCCAACGUACAGUAUUUAAAAAAAAUAACGGAGUUAGUAUCACUACAAGAAACAUGCAAGAAACACAUCUCACAUCAAAGGUACAGAAUAAAAACAAUUAAUAAGACAAUAAACAAUAUCCCAGAUAAAACUAAAGCAGAAGAAUUUAAAAUCAAAAUACUGAAAAGAGAAAAAGAACUAGAAGACAUAGAACAAACGUUACCUAGAAAAAGCGAUAGAUUCACGUUAAAAUUAAUCCUAGGAGACAUUGACGUCUCAUUUUUAAACAAAGAAAACAAAUUAAAAUACAAAGAAGAUUACGAAAAUUUCAAACUGAUAUGUAACGGUAUAGCAAUUAUUUUAGCUACAAUUCUCAUUUAUGUCCCAUUUAGACCUUUGGAGCUUUUCUUCAUAGGAUUCCUGAUCUGGUAUUACUGCACCAUAUCGAUCAGGGAAAGCAUCCUCAUAGUGAAUGGUUCCAGGAUUAAAGGUUGGUGGAGAGUUCAUCACCUGCUGUCAAUAACAAGUUCAGGACUCUUCUUAAUUUGGCCAAAUAACGAACCGUGGGCUUUAUUCAGGAAACAAUUUAUUUGCUACACCAUCUACAGUGGAUUCAUUCAAUAUCUGCAAUUCAAAUACCAAAAAGGUACUAUAUAUAGAUUGAAAGCUUUAGGUCAGAUGCAAAAUAUGGAUAUAACUUUAGAAGGGUUCCAAUUCUGGAUGUGGAAAGGCUUGGCUUUUCUGUUACCAUUUCUAUUUAUCGGGUAUAUAUUCCAGUUGACGAAUUUCGUAGUACUGUUCCAGUUAAGUUACCAUCCUCAGGCAACAUGGGAGAUUAGUGCUAUUGCUGGAAUAUUUUUGAUCUUCUUUUUCGGCAAUACCUACACCACGAUAAUGGUGAUACCGAAUAAGACUAAACGAAAAUUGAUGACUCAAUAUAAGGUAUUUACUGGUAGAAUAUAUGAUGCUGUCAGCGAUAAUACUGGUACAAGUAAGAAAUGAACUUUUAUGUGAUUUAAUACGUUUUUAAUAGUUAUAAAAAAUUGUUGCUGUAUUAUUUUGUAUAUUUUAAUAAAGUAUAAACAUUUUUGUAUAUUUUUGUUUGUUUGUUUGGGUGACUAACUGAUUGAUAAUUUAAUACUAUACUGUAUAGUGUGAGA